AUGUACUUCACUCCCGCCCUCCUUUCGGCCCUCUCCCUCUCAGCCGUGACGGCUAUGCCCAUCAACGUUGCUCGCUCCAACGAGCUUGGUCAAUUCAACAAGCUCAUGGCUCGCAGCGACAAUGCUCUCGCGCUUAUGCGCAACGGCAACUCGCUGCCGUUUGCCCGCUCUCCUGCCCAGCUGCAGGCGACUGUUGGCCAGAUCCGAGCUCUCGUUGCUCGUAGCGACGCUGACGCUACCGGUGGCCUGUCCGGCAUCCUCGAGCUCAUGGGCUGUCUCCUCAAUACGCUGCUUGGCGAGUCGACGGACAGCUCCUGCCCUGCUGGUCUCGAGGGCAGCACUGGAGCAGACACGACGGGCAACGCCCGUGUGGCCAUGGCCAGCAUGCUCUCGAACCUGAGUGAUGCCCUCAGCACGUCGAGCAAGAAGAUGGCUGCGACCAACUCCAAGCGACAAGACACCACCGAUGUUUCCUCUUCGGCGUCUACUAAUGACGUCCUUGCGCUGCUGAGCAAGCUGGAGCAGAUCAUUCAGAACGUCAUGAAUGACCUGAUGAACCUUGGCCUCAAGAACCCGGCGUCCAACAGUACCUCCGACGACGGUACUGAUGGCGACCGCGACGAGACUGGCGGUGACGAGACUGGCAGUGAUGAUGAGCCUAGCGGCGACGAGGACCAGGGCGACGACGGCAGCGAUGGCGAGGAGACGCCAUCCAGCGAUGCUCCUUCGUCGACUUCCCCUCUUCCCAACGAAGCCACCGCUGCUACUACGUCUUCCAGCGCUGCUGUCCCUCCCAGCACUGCGACGUCGGUCGGUGGCUUCGGCAAGAACUGCCCCGCACCCGGCACGCCUAACGAUGGCAUGUACCGUCCUGGGUGCCCAGGAUACGGUCGCCGUGACCUUGCUCGCCGCUCGGCUGCCGCCGCCAACAAGAAGCGCGCCCUGGACGCUUCGACGCUCAAGGACCUCCUGCCUGCCCUGUCGACGAUCAUCGAGGCCAUGCCUGAUCUCAUCUCCGCAGCUGGGGGUAACAUCACCAACGCUACCAACUCGACGUCGUCUGUCGCUGGUCAAGGUAACUCAACAGUCGUAGCCAACGCCACCGCUCUCGCGCAGUCCCAGUCUUUCAAGAAGGUCGUCACCCAGAUCCACCAGCUCGUCUCCGCUGUCAGCUCCAACUCGACCUCAACCUCGUCCGCUGCCUCACCCUCGGAGACUGGGCGCAGCCACAAGGCAUCUGCUGCUUCUCAGGCCGUCUCUGAGAUCAAUGCCAGCGGUACGGGUGCUCAGACGCCCAAGGAGUCUGUCAAUGCUGCCUCAAUCUCGCACGGCAGUCGUGAAGCCCAGGCUAUCGUGUCUAAGCGCAGCGACGGCACGAAGGUCAACAUGGACCUGGUCAACGACCUCUUCGCCGAGAUCUUGUCCGGCAAGCAGCAUGGCAAGCGCAGGCUCCCUAGCGACUUCUAG